AUGACAGACACAGAUCAUUUAACAGACGCUUCAUUAGCAAUUGAAGUCAAGAACCUCACCUACAAAUUCCCCGGCAAUUCCAAAAUCGGACUUGAAAACUUCAAUUUGGAAGUUGCCUGGGGUACCACCAAUCUUAUUGUUGGACCUAAUGGAGCUGGUAAAUCAACCUUACUCAGAAUCUUAGCCGGUAAGACGUUAAUUUCCAAGGGGUUAUUACGUAUUGGAGGAUUUGACCCGUUUGAAUUCUCAAUGGAUAGGAAUAAACAACAUAAUGCUGAUAUUAAUCAUUAUAUCACCUAUCUUGGAACAGAAUGGGCAGCAAAUUCGGUAGUUAAGAGAGAUAUUCCGGUUAAUUUAUUAUUAUCUAGUAUUGGAGGAGAUGCUUAUGCUGAUCGUAGGAAUUUAUUACUUGAUAUUUUGGAUAUUGAUCCUACUUGGUCAAUGUUAAAUAUUAGUGAUGGGGAAAGAAGAAGAGUACAAAUUGCCAUGGGAUUAUGUAAACCUUGGAAAUUAUUAUUGUUGGAUGAAGUCACUAUUGAUUUAGAUGUUGUUGUUAGAUCUAGAUUAUUGAAUCAUUUGAAGGAUGAAUGUAGAGAACGUAAUUGUACUGUUAUUUAUGCUACUCAUAUCUUUGAUGGAUUGGGACAUAAAUGGUGUGAUCGAAUUAUUCACAUAGAUGCAGGAUUGAAAUUGGAUGAUGUUCCUAUUAAUCAUAUUGAAUUUGCUAAUGAUGAGGCAGGAGUUGAAGUUGAAGGUACUCAUCCAGCAAGAAAAGCUAAAGUUAGUAAAAUGGAAUCCUUACAUCCUUUAGCUUUAUUCUGGUUAACUGAAGAUUUACAAAGAAGAGGAACCAGAGAAGAAGAAAAAGUCAAGAUGGAAAAGAGACAUAAUGAUUGGGUUAAUUCAAGAGAUGGGAAAUAUUUCGAUGCUGAUGAAAAACGAUUAUCAGAUUAUUUUAAAAGUACCAGAAAUGGUGUUUAG